CAUAAUUUGUUCUUCAAAAUUAAACAAAACGAAUGUAAUAAAGGGGUAUUGAAAAUUUAUUCCUCAAAAUCACAUCCAUAUCUUCUAGUCAAGAUUUUAUUUAGACGAAUUCAUAAAUAAUGAACACGAUUUCUCAAAUGUUAGAUUCAUGUAACAUUUAUAUCUAGUCAACGUUUUUCUCCCUCCGACACUAAUGAACACGAUUUCUCAAUUGAUUAACUCAACCAUUCCCAGUGGCAGUAAUUCUGAUAGAGUUUGUAAAGCAGAAAUUGAGGAUCUGACACCUCCAACUCCAUCUAUCCUUCCUUUUGCAAUGAUAAGUCAGCCCAUGUUUUUUCGCAUGCGGAAGCAAGUAUGGUUGCCUAACUGUUCCAUAGAAGUCCGGAUAUCUCAUUACAUUCACAUGCCUAAAGGAAAUCUACUCAAUCCUAACGUAUACGUCAUAAAUUUUAGUCACUCUAAGUAUCAAUGGAAUGUUUACAAAAGAUACAAAGAUUUCCAAGCCCUUCAUGCCAACCUCAAAUUGCAUAGCGCGAAGCAGCAUUUACUCUUUAGAGCAGCUGGCUUGGUCAUACCUCAUUUGCCUCCAUUUAUAGACGCUUACCUGAACCACAGGCAAAUGCCAAAGAUCAUGAGAGAACUAGAAUACUAUUUACAGACAAUUUUAACUUCAAAGCACUUGAGAAAUCAUGAAGAUACGUUGAUGUUUUGCCAAGUCAGUUACCUCUCUUUCAAAUCUGAAUACGGUUCAAAGGGACUCGAAGACGUUGCUAAAAAAAGAUCCGGAGGCUAUUACGGGCUUAAAGCUUUGAAUUUAUUCAAGAAAAUUUUUAUCAGAUGGAGAAAAAGAUGGGUAGUUCUGAAAGAUACAUACUUUGCUUACUCUGACAUGAAAAUAAUAACGGAAGCCGAUCAAAGUUCCUCACCCACCACUACAAGGAGCGGAAAUAAAUGUUGCAAAUCGAAUUGCGACAAAAAAUGCUGCAUUAACGGCAUGAAAAAUCUAUUUUUCUGCUGCGACGACUUAUUCGACGACGAUAUUAUACCAGGAGAAAGCUUUAGAAAUUCCAGAAAUAUAAGCUGCGUCAUGUUAUUAGACCCUUCCUUCAAAGCUCAUAUUCAGACAAAGCCUCCUAUAGGCAGUAAAUUUAUGAAUGUGUUGGACAAUAUGACUAGAAAGAACAACCACAAUCCAAAUUUUAUUUCUCACCAUUAUUCAAACUAUGGAAACGAUAAUGUGCGACACAUGAUAGAACUUGAUAAUUCUAAACUUACAGGCGAAAAUGUAACGAGCAUUGAUGGCGAUGAAAGAGGCGGAGAUAAGGACUUGGGAGAGGUUGAACAUGGAACGAGAUUCAAAAUGAACCGAUUGGUUAUACAAAAUAGAUCGCGAAAACUCCUAAUAAAAUUUAAAGACGAAAGAGAGGCCGACGAAUGGCUAAGGCAUAUAAAUGAAGACCUGCUAUGUUCACCCGUGGCUAGACUCAUGAUGCAACAACAAAGGUACAAGUCUUUCGCGCCUGUUAGACCGGAUUCUCACGCUUUUUGGUUUGUAGACGGAGCUAGUUAUUUUUCUGCCGUUGCUGAUGCUCUAUAUAGUGCUAAGGAUGAAAUCUUUAUCACGGAUUGGUGGUUAAGUCCGCAAUACUAUUUGAAAAGACCUUUGGAUAAGGAUUGCGGAAAAUGGAGACUCGAUAAUAUAUUGAGGAAAAAAGCGGAAGAUGGUGUUAAAAUCUACAUAAUGAUUUAUAAAGAGGUUGCUUUGGCCCUUGGUAUUAACAGUUUCUAUACCAAGCAAGCUCUCAGGAAUCUGCAUCCUUACAACAUUAUAGUAUUAAGACACCCGGACCACCUCAAAUCACAAGUUUAUAUGUGGGCUCAUCAUGAAAAGAUGGUGUGCAUAGAUCAGAGGAUAUGCUUUUUGGGAGGGCUGGAUAUAUGUUACGCAAGAUGGGAUGAUCAUCAACAUAGAUUAACUGAUUUAGGUGAUGAAGGAGCUUGCGAUGCUAUUAAUGAAGAGAAAAACUAUAUGUUGAACGCGAAAAGGGGAUUGUUAAACCCCGAAUCUAAUAUUAUUCAAGAAAGAAAAGUUAUUCCGAUGACCGAGUCUACUCCUCAAAAAUUGGUUAACAAAAUGAAAAUGACGGGUAUAGCAGGCAAGAUCAAGAAAGCCGGAGGAGGCGGCAUUGCGCCGUCUCGAAAACCUUCCCCUAGAGUUUCGCUAGGGAGUGGUUCCAGUAGCGUUCAAACAAAAGAAAGGGCCGAUAUACAACAUGAUCUAAAUAAUUCACCUAUCAUUGAAAACGAUAGAAGUAGCAAGAACAUACUCGUACCUCCUGAGAUGAAUAUUGAAAGACACCAUAUACAUAAUUUUCCUAGCCCUUUCAAAGGUAGACGAUUUUUCCCUCGUGUGAUCUCACCUCCGAUUCAUCCUGUCACAGAAUCAACGGCAGGCGAUUUUAUCACUAAUACUAAGGUGUCAGCGACUGCCGAAAAAAAUAGGUCGGACUACGAAAUGCGAGUCUACAAACGACAAAAGCGGCUCUCCUUAGUACACAACAAAAAAGAAAGAGAUGGAAAAGCAGAAGUAGUAGGAGAAGGAGGGGUUUGUGAUAUCGAUAUAGCAGACGAUAGUUGCUAUUAUGCCAAAUCUGAUCUAACCUUAAACAUAGAUUUAAUCGGUUCUGGCAAGUAUUGGAUAGGAAAAGAUUACAGCAAUUUUAUAUACAAAGAUUUUGCCCAUGUCGACCUGCCUUACGUAGAUUUGAUUGACAGGCAUAGUAUACCCCGCAUGCCAUGGCACGAUAUAGGCUGCGUUGUUUAUGGACUUCCCGCUACAGAUUGUGCCUUGCAUUUCAUAGAAAGGUGGAAUUACGCUGUGAUUGACAAGUACAAAGAAGACCCUUACAUAUCGCUUUUACUUCCAAAAACAUUUAAAGAUCUAACAGUACCUCAAGAAUUAGCUAACCGAGCCUUCAAUUGUGAAAUACAAAUUACAAGGAGUAGCACAACGUGGUCCGCUGGGAUUAAGGACACGGAGGAUUCUAUUCAAAGGGCUUACGUUCAACUCAUAACCGAGGCAAAACGUUUCAUAUACAUAGAAAAUCAAUUUUUUAUAACGCUCCACGAUAAUCCCAUCAUCAAAAACAAAAUAUCCGAUGCCCUAUAUGAUAGAAUAGCUCAAGCUAUAAAAUCGAACGAGAGAUUCAAGGUUUACAUAAUGACCCCCUUGCUCCCAGGUUUCGAAGGUGAAAUAGGAGGACAAACUGGAGCAUGCAUACAAACCAUCAUACAUUGGAACAAUUGUUCUAUGGCCCACGGAGAAAAUUCACUGGUUGGAAGGCUCAAGAAAUUGGUCGACAAUCCCUUCGAAUACAUAAGCUUUUGUAGCCUCCGAAAUUAUGCGGAAUUGAACGGAAAUCUAGUCACUGAACUGAUAUAUAUCCACAGCAAAUUGAUGAUAGUCGACGACGAGUAUUGUAUUAUUGGAUCUGCUAACAUUAACGAUAGAAGUAUGCUAGGGUACAGGGACUCUGAAUUGGCUGCCAUUUUUAAGGACACUAAUUUUUUGACAAUGGAAAAUAUCGAAAAUGGUCAGGUUGUACACACAGGGUUGUUUUGCGGGAGUUUGAGAAAAAGACUUUUCAGGGAACACUUGACAAUUCUUGAUAAGGACAGUCAAAUAGACUUUUCCGAUCCAUCUUCAGACAAAUUUUACAAACUUUGGAACCAAACUGCCUCUCAAAAUACAUCGAUCUUCGAAGAGGUUUUCAGGUGUAUCCCCACAGAUAAAGCCACCAAUUUUGCCGAGCUUAACGCAUAUCAAAAGUAUGGUGUAGAAACCCUUUCUCCGAAGAGUAAAAACGAUACUGACAUGAUUUACCAAUCAAAUACUGAUAACCAGCGUUUGCUCACGGCCGAUGAACUUGAACAAAUAUCCCACCCAUCAAAAUCGUUCAAUUCUCAAGCAAACGAAACCAAUUUGAAAGCUUCUGCAGGAAUCGCGAAUUCUUCCAGUAACGAGAGCAAGGAUGAAAAUUUGUCUAACAUUCCUUUGGCCAAAUCUAACCCAGAUCUAGCUAGAGAAAAGCUUAAAAAUGUUAGAGGACAUGUAGUUCAGACACCGCUUCAUUUCUUAUCAGUGGAAACAAGAAUGUUACCACAAAUGUUAUCUAAGGAGGGUUUGGCUCCUUCCACUGUUUUCACAUGAGUUAAAAUUUAACUUUUAAUUAUAUUGAAACACGAAAUAUAUUUUCAUAUAGCGAGGCUUUGGCUUUUACUCUUUGGUAAAGACAAAAUUCAAAUAAUAUGCAUUUUGCUCAUUUAUUUUAAAUAUCAAAUCUGAUUUAAUUGUCGGUUUUAAAAUUCUGAUUUGGUUGAUAAAAAUGAAAUACUUUGCUAUUAUUGUUUAGUGUAUUAAAAUUCCUCUGAUGAUACUUGUUUACAUGAUAAAUGUGUUAAUUUAUAUAUAUUACUAUACAAGUAUUUUAUUACUUUUAUUUUGAUCAACUCAAGUAUAAUUAAAAAAUAUAUACAUUAUAUUUAACACCCAGUUAAAUUUUGCAUUAUGUUUAUAAACC